AUGCCAAAGGCUACUGCUUCAUCUUCAUAUCCCGUAUCAGGGCUCUUCGGCGUAAUCAAACCUUCUGGACCGACCAGCAUGUCUAUUGUAAAUGAUAUUCAGCUACUGCUCGCCCGCUCAAAGCUAUUCGUCGAUGCAGACAAGCUGGAAAAAAUGAAGGGUAAGAAGAUAGAUCGUCGUCGCGGAAAGCACGGCCGUGAGGCGAUCAAAGUUGGACAAGGUGGAACUCUUGAUCCGUUAGCAGACGGCGUUUUAGUCAUUGGAGUUGGAAAGGGUACCAAAAAGCUAAAUGAAUUCCUCGGCUGCACUAAGGAAUAUCAAACGACAUGCUUGCUUGGAUGUGAAACAGAUAGCUACGACAGUGAAGGCGCCCGUGUAAGACUGGCACCUUGGAAGCAUGUCACCAAAGAGCAGGUAGAAGCCACAAUUCCCAAAUUCAUAGGUGAAAUAAAACAGGUUCCUCCUAUAUUUUCAGCCUUAAAGAUGGACGGAAAGCCUCUGUAUGAAUAUGCUCGCAAGGGACUUCCUCUUCCACGACCCAUUGAAGAACGUCAGGUUACUGUUGACUCACUGGUGCUUGUAAAAUGGCUAGGCCACGAUCACUCCUUUUCUUGGCCAGAAAAGCAGCUCACCGCCGACGAGAAGAAGGCGCUAGAAGUCGCGCUUCGAAGCAUUCAGGAUGAUUCAGUACUCAAAGAUGAGCCAGAAAUUGUGACAGACGGCCAAUCUCCAUCUGCUUUCGUUUUGAAAAUGAAGGUUUCUGGAGGAACGUAUGUCCGAUCUAUUGUCCAUGACCUUGCACAUGCCAUCGAUUCCGCUGGGCAUGUCGUCACCUUGACACGCUCGCGUCAAGGAAGAUUUGUCCUUGACCCUGUCGAAGACGGCGACCGUGGAUGUAUCCCAUGGGAAAUCUUUGAAAGGGCAUUGGCUGAUGUCGGUGACGUUGACGAAGACGGCUGGACGGAAUGGGAAAGGGAAGUCAUCAAACAUCUGGAAAUUGUUUGA